AGUGAAGUCAGAGAAGAAGAUCCAUGGCAACGGUCUAUAACAAAGAUGGCGGUGUUUUGGUCCGCUGCUAACCUUUUAAAUGUAUUCUUCCUGAUCUCUACCGCCACUGAAAACGAAAAUACAACGAGUUAUCAUUUUAAUUCAACCGUUUUUGGAGACAGGAAUGAAACAUUAGUAGUUGCUGAAAACCAAACUACCGCACAGCCGACAGAGUUUGAUAUAACAACCACAGCACCGGGUUACAGCAACACCGAGGCGCCCGUUCAACCGAGCCCGUCCUCCGAGCCCCUGCCCAUCAGCGGCCGCCUGCUCACUCCUGUCACCGCCGGUAACCUCCUAUUAUUCCGCCCUGCACUGUAAAUCUGAGUUUAAAAAAACUCGAUCUGAAGACCCAAUAGGGCUCUCACGGGCUCAAAUGUUUUAAGCAAUUAUGACAGGCUAAAUAAGUUGGUGUGAAACCUCUAGGAGCUUUAAAAUCCUACAAAAGAACCUUAGAAUCAGUACUAAAAGGUACUGCAAGCUAGUGUAGAGACUUAUAAAUAAUAAUAUAACGUGGACUCUCUUUCUGGUCUUGGUCAGCAUCCUUGCAGACGAGUUCUGUAUCAGCUGAGAAAUGUUGUUUUUAUGUACACUAGAGAAACUGUUACUCUCUCGACAAUGCCCAUCUUAUUUGGUUAUUUCUCUGUUUCAGUGGACAGGUUGUGUCCCUGUGAUGAACACAGAGAUGUGUGUGAUAUUAACUGCUGCUGUGAUCGAGAGUGUGGACAGGAGGUGGCUCUGUUCACCAGCUGCUCAUUGGAGACUGUCAGGUAAGUCCAACUGUAACUGAUGAUCAUUUCCAGCAUGGAGUCGUCAGCUGAUUUUCUGCUUGAUCGAUAAACCUUAAUGCUGUAAAGCAUAAUAAAAUUUGUAGCACUAAGGCAUGAGAGGGGUGACAGAGAGGAGUGUUUUACUGAGAGAAGAUGAAACUGUAAUUUCUGUGGCAUAAUUUUGUUUAGUGUGGGCAUGACACUUCAGUCAUCUGAUUUAUACACAGACCUUUGGAAUCAGUUUGGUGGUUUUUGCAGCUUAGAGACUUUUUUUUAAAUCAAAAGGAAUAAACUUAAUUGAAAAAGAAACAAACUGAAAACCUCGGUUUUCAAAUCCACCUCUAAAUCGAAUUAUUCAUGGCACAUGUUCUGAAUUAUGAAUUAAUUUGCAUUUUCUUCAGUGCAUACACAAAACUUAUGUAAACCCUGUAAUUUCAUGUGUAACUGCAUGUGACCUACACUAACUGACUAACACAGAGAGACCCUAACAUAAGAACAUGAAAAAUGCUACAUAAUACCCACAUAGACCUGAAUUCCUGCUCUCUGCUGGCCUUUAAUGAGACUACAUGUUUAAAGCUUUUUUUCUGCACACAGUAUUAAGACUCACCCAGGGUCCUCUGUUCUUUUUCCUGCAGUGGAAACAAGCAGCUGUGCAGCCGUGAUGUAGCAUCUUACUUUUUAUGGAGUACGAUAGACGGAUAUUCAGAAAUACAGUCAUCUGUCAGGAAGGAGACAAAUUAUGACAUCUUCUGCAUUCAGUCACAGAACCGUAAGUGGUGUUUGUUUGGACAGAGCACUUUGUUAAGUAAUGAAAAUUAAGUUUUCAAACAGUUCAAGAAUCUUUGUGCUUAUACUAAAGGAUAAGGCUGGGUUUCUUUUUCUCCUCACCACAGUUAGCAGAAAACUGUUAAAUGAGAACUGACUUUUGCUCUCUGUUUGCUCUAGGUGUUGAUGGACUUUCUCACCCUUCACCUGCUCUUCCGACUGACAGCAACUUUGAUUCUCUCUUUGAAAAAUUUAACCGGUUUAUUUUUGGCUCAGAGGGAGCUGAGUCGUCCACCGCAGAUCUCCAGGUUUCAUCUGGAUACCAGGUGAGUCUCUGUUUGACUCAGGAGUGAUUCACUAUAAUGAUGAGCUUCUGUUUGGAGAAGAAAUGUCACCUGUUCUGGUGGUUGAUGGUUUCAGUUUGGAGAUGUGAUGGUGAUGGCAGCACAGAGUGGACAGAGAGGGAUGUUCAUGCUUCCAGCUCCAGGAGUCACUGCUGACUGUGUGGACAACAGUCCUGCAGGUAAAGACUCACAGAUCACAGGGACAGAGGAGCCAUGAAGAAGUUCAGUUUGUAGAGUGUGUGUCCAGCACACAGAGACUGAGUCCUGCUGCAUCAGUUUCAACCUUGACCAGCUGUGCUCUGGUGUACAUCCCCAAUCUUGUCCUCAUUAUCCUCACCUCUUUUACGCUCCUGUAAAAAAAGGCAAAAAAAAAAAGAGAUUCAGAUAAAUCACUACAGUUAACUAAUAUUAGCUGGUUGCUCAUACAUUAUCCAGUCUCUUGUUUAUUAUUCAUUAGAAGAAAAACCAUCACAUCAGCCUGAGGUAACAUAUAGUACAUAAAUUCAAACAACUUAUUGCUGUAAAUGUUGUCAGCAGAAUAAGUUCAUAAAACUGUAGCAGUUCAUCUUGUAAAGGAGAUUAAAACUCACAACUUUCUUUACUUCAUUUCUUUUUACUAACUCAAACCAAAGAAGUCUGUUAGAUUACUAAUAAGCUGUGCAGAGGUUACUCCUGGAUGUGUCAGCUGACUGCUGUCAUGAUGCAUUAAAGUUACAAACAGCACAGGACAAAGUGCAGUGCAAAUAAAGGUGAAUCAGUAAAGUCAGGUUGGUUGGAACCACACCCUGUAACAUUUUGGCCAUAAAAUGCACAACCAGCAAAGUGGUUCAAUUAUGGGUUCACAUUUAAAAGGAGGAAAUCUGUCAUUUAUUUUAGUCCUUAUGAGAUCAGUAUUUAACAUCUAUCAAAUCCACACCUUUCUGAGAAUGGUCCUAAAUAAAACGCCUCAAUUAUUUUAUUUCAACAUGUCUUACAGGAUCAUGCUCAAAAACAUCUCAAAAUGAAAACAAAACAAGAAAAAAAAACAGCAGUAUCAGUCGGGGUUUUUUCUCUCUCUCUUCAGCUUUUCUGAGGGAUCAGAGCAGUCAGUGUUCCAGGCGUUUGGUCCUGAAUCAGGACUGCGACAGUCUGCCAGCUCUCAGUAUGGACACCUACACCAACAUCCAGCUCUUUUCUGUGAGUCUAACAGUUAAACACAACAUAUACACACAGUGCCAGAAACGCUCGCUGGAAAGUGUUUUUAGUUUAUCUGUCAUUGAUUUUUGAUCACAAAUAAAGCAAUAUCUAUGUUCAAAGAUAACCUUCAGAGAAGGCAUAAGCUCUUGUUUAGUGAGUCAGUAUGAAACAGAGAAACUGUUUAACAAGAUGAUCAAGUGAUGAUAAUAUCAGUAGUAUGUAAAAUUUGUAAAAUAUGACAUAUUCCUUUAUAAUAUUUGUACCAUUAUUUUAAUAUUUCAUGUUAAAUGCUUGUAAAUAGAGAAAAAAGACUAGCAGAAUCAGCCCUUGUAUGUGUAACAUACUUGACCCGUAAAGCUGAUUCUGGUUCUGAUUCUAAGCUAAACUAUCUUUUUUUAUUUUCAGGAGAGGAGUGAAGAUGCAGCCGUGAGUAUGCUGAACUUUUGAGUUUUAUAAAAUCUGGAUCAGAUAUUAUUCAAAGAUUGAAAUUUUGAUCAAUUGCUCAGUAUAUAAUCUUUUUUUUUUUUCAGUGAGUGAUAACUUCAUUUUGUAAAUUUUAACCUCCUGCAAAAAGGUGUGGCUUAAACAGUGUCUUGAGAACCUUCUGUGAUUUUUUUGUCUGUCAAUUUCAGAUUUGACAAUUGAUUGAAAAAAUACACAGCAAGUUUCUCUUUAUGUCACUUUUGAAUGCUUAAAGCAUCGGUGGAUCCUUUUUCAGUCCUUUGCGUUGAUGUUUUGUACUCUGGCUCAGAGGACUCUGUGGAUUUGUUCAGGUGUAACUGUUUUUUAUGAAAGUCAAGAAGCUGCAGAAAUGUUUGUUUAAAAAAAUUCUCAUGCCAUCACAGCUCAAGAAGUGCCAGAGUACCUUUUAAGUUUUAAGUUUUGCAAACCACCACAAAGUUUUGACAGGCCAAAACAGUAUGUUUCAACCUGACCACUGAGUGCAACAGGUUGACUCAGACAGAAAGUUGAAGUGGACCGCUGAUGUGCAAAGACCGGAGGAAAACAAAAUCUUUCUCAUGAGAUUGAGUGCAGACCUUAUGCAGAGGGAAGUCAACAGUUACUUCACCACUCUGGACCUUUUCUGUGAAACUCACAUGUUGACUUAUCAAACCAGUGUCUCCAAUUUAUGCAAUUUUUAAUGCUGCGUUCCUCUAUUUUACUUUCAGUUUAGUUUGGUCAGAGUUUCAAUAAGCGGUAUUAUAGAACCAUAAUAAGGUUUUGAUAACAGUACUCAGCUCACAUCCUGCUCGAUGCAUGUUAUAACUCUGCUGUUGUGCGGCUUUCUUUGUGGUGACUUGUGAUGGUUUCUGCCCUUUAACUGAAACGUGGUAAAUAUAGAUGACUAAUAGUAGGUUCAUUUCCAGAGAAGCAGCUGUAGUUUGAUUGUAGUCAGAAUAUGAAAAGUAUGUGUAUCUUGUUGGUCUGAAAAGUAAAGGUUGUGUUUAAUAAUAUAGGCAGCAGUAGCUGAGGCAAGUGGUCGUCCAAUGACUGGAAGGUUGGCGGUUCGAUUCCCCUCUAUCCCUAGUUUGUUUGUUGUGUCCUUGGGCAAGACACUUAACCCACCUUGUUCCCAGUGUUUGUCCUCCACUGGUGUAUGAUUGGUAUGUACAUCGCUUUGGAUAAAAGCGUCUGCUAAAUGACAUUGUAAUUUUAAAAACAUUCUUCCUAUUGACCAGCAGGGGGCGACUGUCUGUGUAGAGGUCAAUGAAGAAAUGAGCCUACCUGUCUGAUGUUUCAUAUUCUCAGUAAAGGUUUAAGGAGGCUGUGGCAUUGUCGUGCAUCUCAUAGUGUGACACAGUUCUCCCGCUCUGCUGUGUGUGUCUGAUUAAGUAGAUAAUAUAAACUGGUCUUGCUGCUGUCUUCUGCUGCAACAAUCUCUGAACAAACUUUGCAGUAGAGUGUGGUUUGUUUGAGGUCUGGUGCCAUAAAACUGAACCAGUUCCAAAAGACUGAUGAGGCUGUGGCCUGUUGGGUACAAACUCUACAUAACAUGUGCAGACCAUGGAAAUGGAGGGGAUGGGUAAACUCUGGCAGCCCGAGGCGAGCAGCAGAGGAUUUUCUUUUAUAAAAAUGAUCUAAAACCACAAAUAUUAACUAAUCGAUAAAAUCAAUCCAUCGCCCAGCAGUGGUAUCAUGUUAAAAAACUUGUUGAAAUUUUUGCAGACCAAGAAAAGCUUGUCCUUACUGUUACUUCCAUCAGAGUAGAUUAUUUUGAUGGUCUUCCACCAGGACUCUCAGACCCUCAGAAUAAUGUGAGGGUUCUGUCUAGAACUAAGAAAUUAAACACACGACUCUGCUUUAAAAUCUCUGUCCUAUCUUCCAGUUAACUACAGGAUAGUUUUCUGUCAAAGUCAUGGUUUAGGGUAUUGUUACUUUUGUUUGAUAGAACAGUAAAAGGAAAUGUGAAGAAUUUGAUGUGGAGGAAGACCUGAAAGGGUUUGCAGCUGAGAGUCGAACCAGGAACAAGGACUGCAGCCUCUGCAUAUUUACACCCUGAGACUGUUGGACAAUUGGCGCUUCUGCAGGAUGGAUUUUAAAGCAUCCUUAACAUUUUUACUUUAAAGUCCUGUUGUUAUUAUUAUUAUUAUUAUCAUUAUUAUUUAUCUUCUUCUUCUUCUUCUUCUUCUUCUUCUUAUUAUUAUUAUUAUUAUUAUUUUUACUAUUUAAAGUGUUCUCAGUGGUCUUUAAAUCGUGGUGAUAAAGUUUUUGGUCAAAAUCAUAUUACCUGUGUCAUUUUCAAGGGCUUUUCUUCUGCAGAGCUCCAGUAGCCCAUUAGCAAUUCACCUCUGAGUUGUGGGCGGAGACAGCGCUGCUCGGCGCACUCCUCUUCACGCUAGCUUGCUGCCUAACAUUGCCAGCGUAGUAGAAGUAGCAGGUAACAUAGGAGCUAUUCAGCUCUUGGACACUAAUGUCUUUGGGGACACGAUGAAAGUUAAUAUCAUAAUUAGCUGACUUACGAGCAUUGCAAAAAUCUCCCUGUUACUGAACCUACCGUUUGCAAUUGCCAGAGAUUCACAGCGAUUUGAAUGCAGAAAUACUCAGAAAUGCAAUUUCACACCCACUUUUCUCAUGAUAUGUCCUGUAGCAUCAGAAAAUGCUAUAUGAACAUGUAAACAAGAAGAAAAACAUGAUUUUCAUCAGAGUGGAUCUUUAAUAUUUGAAGUUACUUUGACGACUUGGGUCAGUUUGUUCAGCCUGGAGUACAAAAACUCAACAUGAUGAAGCAGCUUGGAGUCACUGUGCUGCCUGUAACAAACUGCUUUUAAGGAUCAGAUUUCUGCUUUUCACGGGCCUUUGCAUGAGCUAUAUAUGUGUUUGCACUUCAAGCAUCCUGCAGCUGAGGCUACUAAAAAUGUCAUGAUUUGGUCUUGUGAAAAGGAAAGUCUGGUGUAAGUUUGUAAAAUAAAUGUGGAGAUAUUUAGGUGAUGAUGUAGGUGAAGACUGAUGUAAAGAAGAGGAUGAAUGAGACAUGUUUUGACUGAAUAUAAAAUUGAGCUUUGUCUUUCUGGUUUGGCUGGAGGUCAUUCCUGUGGAGGUGGAUUCACUCAUCCUGCAGGCUGUAGAUGGGACCCAGUCUGAGCUUCAGUUCAGCAGUGAUGAAAACUUCAGUCCAGUUCUCCUGAAUCCAUCCCUCUGUGCGAAUGUGGUGCUGAAGGUGAGACUCCCCAAACCUGGCUGUAAUGCAGUUUUUCAUGAGAGCUGGUCAUGUAUCUCGUCUGUUUGGUUUUCUAAUUAAAUAUAGAUUUGAUUUGAUCCAGAAUCUCUUGCAGUCAUGUUUAGCUGAAACAGUUAUGUCUGUCGCCUUAGGUUGUCUACACAGUGAAGUACAGCUCGUCUGGUGAGAUCAUGAAUGUGACGGUGUCUCUGGUGCUUGGAUUUGUCAGUAAAGCUGUUCUGACCCUGGAGCAGGAGUUUCACAUCGCAUUUGUUCAGGUAUGGCCUUACAAAUAUAGAAGCUCAAAACUUGAUGUGUUGAAGUUAAACCUGCCUAAACUGUAGUUUGUAUUUAAGAAGUGGACAUGACCUCAACUCUUAUUUGUUGACUGUUCUUGGAGGACUGCAUUUAGCUUGGGAGACUAGUAAGUAAUAAGACCCUGUUUACAUCUGGAAUUAAUAUCAGAUACAGGAGAUCAGACCUCAAGCCUCAACUCUAGGUGUGUUCGAUCAUCAGUGUUAGCUGGAAUCUGCUCUCAGUCCACACUUGGUAUCUGUGUUCUGGGCCACAUCAAGAACUGUCAGCUCUCUGGCAACAACAGAAACAGACCAUCAGCUUGACUAAUUUAAUACGUCACUGCUGUGUCUCAAAUUGUCAUUCCAACAUGUUGGAUUAAGACAAGGUGGAAGGUCUUAUUCCGGAACUGUUGAACUAUUUGCUCUCACAGUCUCUCACAGAAUGGUGAACCUCUUCCCAGCUUUCCUUCUGAUAGUCUCAGUCUCUCUGAACUUCCUUUUUAGACCCAGUCUUGUUUCUAAGCUGUUGUAAAUUCACCUCAUUGAUCAGCAGACGUUUCUUCAUCUGUUUUUUUUAGCAGUACACUUUUUACCUGUUUUGUUGUUCCUGUAACAACUAAAAACUGUUGCUGACAUCAAACUCUGAAUGAGCAUAUCCUUUACAUAAAACUUUCAUAAGAUUCUUAGGGUUUUGAUGACUUUAAAGUUGUCUUCAUUUCAUUUUACAGAACCCCCCAACUCUUAUGAAAUUUAAGUCGUAUUACAAAGAAGGGAAGUUCACCGUUGACCUAAUAUGGAGGGGUGUUGAGAUGUAGAGCCUUAGUUUCACACAUGUCAUCAUGUAUUUAUUGAGACUGAGUGUUGAACAAUAAUUGCCCUGUGUGUGAACAGGAGGAUCAGGAGGAGGCUGCUGUCCGUUUCAGUGGGAACCCAGGCUAUGUGUUUGGACUUCCCCUCGUGUCCGGGAUAAGAACAGCAGAAUAUCCUUCACCUGCAGAAGCUCUCUUUCUCUUCAUCAACCUUGACACUUAAUAACAUGUUCCAGGAUUUGUCCUUAACAGCUGUCUCCACUGGGAUUUCCAGAAGCAUCAACCUCAGAGACACCCUAUCUGUCCUCCACAGCCCUCAGGACCAGGACUGUCUGCGAGGGCGGCAUCAGCGCUCUCCGGUCCUCUUUGGUGUGGACUCUGUGUCGGGCUGCACAUUAAGGCAUGAUUCUCCUCCCACUCAACAUCUCUCAUUUGUGUCUUUCAGUCCUUAUCUAUAUCUGAUUGUGAUUUGUCUCUUCCCUGCAGUCUGGAAGACGCUGUAAACUGCUCUCAGAUCUAUCAGGUGCUCCUGGAUGUUCUCCGAGGACCAAACUAUCCUCAGUAUGUGGCUUCAUUUGGAAACUCCCCAUUGGACUCUCCUUUGGACUGGGUGCCAAUCAAGAGCAACUUCAAUCCUGGAGUGAGUUCAGAUUGAAAACAAUCUGGAGACACUGGCUGUCUCGACACAAAGAGAAAUUCAUUCGGCCGCCCUCCUGUGUGCUGAGAAAGACAACAAUAAAUAAGACUGACAGUUUUUAUACUGUUAUUUUUUAUUCUUAAAACUGCUGCAGGGAAGGAAGGUUUUAGUGAGGCGGCUGAAGAAAAAAGCUCAGUUAAACAUUUUCAACAUUCAAUUUUGAAAUAAAAAUGAUGAUUUAAACAGUCAAAAGUGAGCAAGAUGAGAUUUUUGUGUCAGAUUACAACUCAGCCAUGUAGAGAACAAGAUAAACAAAGACUUGUGUGUCCACAAGGAGGUGCCAAAACUGACUCAAACCACAAGUUCCCCACAGGAGCUUUAACUAUAUGGUAGAAGUGCUGAAAGUCUUGAAUAAAAAGCAUGAUUUUCUCUGAGGACUGGUUUAAACUCGCCACAUGUAUUUGAUGGGUGUUGAAAUUUUGAGUGAUUUUGGUAUGUGUGUAUCUAAAGUGUGCAACAUAUUUAUAUCUCAGCAUGUCAUGAAUGUUUGAUGUACACGUCACAUGCUAAAAACGCGAUCAGUGGUGUGUUUGUUGUUUUUUUUCUUAUGAGUCCAAAAAAGUCAGACAGCGUUCGUGAUCUUGUUUUGCAGGAGGCCCAGAGUUGUAGCAUCCCGCUGUCUCUUCAUUUGGACAUCGAGUGGACUAAAUAUGGAUCCCUGGUAAACCCUCAAGCUCAGAUUGUGAGCAUCAGAGAAAUCAUCCAGACCAACACCAGCAGUUUGGUAAGAAACAGAGAUUCCGAUAGUGGAACAGAAAUAUUUAAUUUACCUUUAAGACAAAUGUGUCUGUUUUUGUACCUGCUGGCUGUCUUGUUGGUAAUCACAUCAACCUCAGUUCAACUAGAUGAAGGAUUUAAGUCAGCCUGCAAAAAAGUAAGCUCUAGUUUUUAGAAACUUAUCAGUGCAGAAAAUUAAGGAAAUCUUAAAAUAAAGAAAGUUUAAUUCCUACCAACAAGCAGCAGAUUGACACAGAUUUUUAUGGAUUAGAUGUUUUCAUCUGUUUAAAUCCCAGGGUGUGUGAAGUCCAGAGAGGACACUUUUUCAGGGUCAUUUUUUUGUAAAUUUUACAGCCUUUUAUGCUGAUGCUGCUCAAACACUACAAAAGAAAUCACAUCCCUAACUGCUGACACUGGGCAAAAUGUGAUCCUGCUCCUACACUGAUGAUUUAAAACUCCCAUCAGGCAACAGGACUCUAAACUUUGAGUGAAAACCUAAAUAUCGAAUAAGAUUAUUAUGAUGUUGUAAUUGAAAAAUCUGCACACAGCAUUGCUAAGAAAAAGCCACAGAGAACACAAAAAUACCUCUGAUAUUCUGUUGAUCAUAAUGAAGCCGUGAUGAGGAUCUCUCAGUGAAAAGGGUUCAUACUGGACUCUCGGUUCUAAAUCACUUUUUCUAUUUAGAUACAUGGAUUUGAGGUGUCUGUCUCUGCAGAAAACGUCCUCUGUAGGGUGUUUCUGUAAAUCAGACAACAGCAGAGUUGCUUUAGGAGCUUUGAGGAAAAAGGCAGCAGGUUGGAGCUGAACAGACACAGAAGACCCAGGCAGCAUUUUUGUUCAUCUCCUUAACUCUUUGUUAGUCUAUAACAGACGCUGAAGAAAUUAAUGCAUCUUACCAUGAUGCUGGCACGACUGAUGGUAGUGACAGAGGACAAACACAAACACACUGACAUGCGCACAGACAGGCAGCAGAUAAAUAGAUGUAAAUGAAGCCCUUUUCUGUGGGGUUUUAUAAAGUUGUUGGUGAUUUUUGUGUUCUUGAGAGCUCAGCUACUGAACAAUCAAUCAGAAUUUUGUUGUCUCUGUUUCAUCACUUAAAGGGAUAUUCCGGCGUAAAAUUAACUUAAGGUCAAACACACCGUAACACCUUAGACACCCCCUCAAGAGAUGAAUGUUGCUGACUGCUUGCUUCUCUAGUUACACCAACCACGACCACACGAUAGGAGUACAUAAUCAUAAAUGUUCUUCCUUGAGCUGCGAAACUUCACCUGCUGUUCUGAGCAUUAUGUGUGGCUAUAGAGUGGCUUUUUGGUUGAGGUUGGCAUGGAGACGUAGACCGCUGUGUAUUGCUAUCGUGCGGUCAUUACUAAAGUUGGUAUAACUAGAGAAGCAAGCAGUCGGCAACAUUCAUCUGUGUUACGUAGUGUUUGAUCAUGACUUAAUUUGAUGCCGGAAUAUCCUCUUUAACUUUCAUUAACAGCUUAGCCGUAGUCUUUCAAUUAUCACUCAUGUCUUUCUAAGAUAUUUCAACCGAUUUUUGCAGUAUUAGAAAGGACAGCUGAGCAGAGACAGAAGAUGUGGGGAGAAGGCAGUUUAAAGCAGCUUUAGAUUUAAAGCUUUGGGAUCCUGUCAGAGAUAAAAUUGACAAAAGUCUAAUUAUUUUAAAAGACAUAGUAUGAAAAAGCAUUGAGGUAUCAUUUUGUUGAACCUUCCUGUCUACGUUGUGGCUGACUGUGGAGUUUCUUCCUCAGGCUCUGCUCUCAGCAGGCAGCAGCAUCCUUUCAGUCAGCAGCUCAGUGAGCUUCACACCUGUGUCUGCACCUGCACGUCCAGGUUACAGAGCCACGCCCACCAUCAACGCCAAACUGCCCUUUGACUUCUUCUUCCCGUUUGUCUGAACAUGUGUGAACAAGCUGUUACUGUGUGGAUACGGUGUAAAAAGUGUACAAACAUGCUUUUUUAUAUUAUUUAAUAAAUGUUUUAUAAUAAACAAAA